ACAGAACAGCAGCAGGAGAUAAACAGCUUAAUGCAGAGAAAAAGUGCUGUGGAUGAGGAAAAUGCCUUUUUGAAGAAUGAAUUCAGUAACUUUAACCGGAAAUUUAAAGAUAAAAGCCAAGAACUUAAGUUAUAUUGACUCGACACUGAGGAGUGUGCACAAAAGAAGGAAGAGCAAAACAGACUGGUUAUAAAAAACCUGGAGGAGGAAAAUGAGGGAUUAAAUAUAUGCUGAGCUGACCUGAUAAGUGACCUGGAGAAACUGAGGAAGCAGGAAGCACAGUGGAAAAAAGAAAAAUCUGGCAAUGAUGCCAGAAUAAAGAAUUUGGAAAUUGAUUUAGCAGAGACAAGAGAACAAAUAAAGUUGUACAGUAUUUACAGUAACUUAUCGUCUCAGGUAGAAGUGAAACAGGAAGAACUUUUCCAAAAAGAUUAUGGAACAGUCGGAGCUAAGAAGGAGUUAGAGGAGCUACAGAAUCUUUACAGAAAAAACAUUGAAGAUGCAACACAGCAGGCUGAGCUGAUAAAGCAGCUAGAGGCUCUCAAUGCUGAUACACAAAAAGUACUGCAAGACGAAGAAUAUGCUCACACAGCUAAAACAACAUAUCAGAAAGUAUGUUAUUCUACUUUACUGCUUGCCAGCUGCUCGUCAUUGCUGUCAGAACACCGCUGGCAAUGGAGUUUCAUGAGUUUCCCCUCACCAAUGGAGUACAAGUUAUUUCAACAGCCUUCUUUAAGUGAGCUAGAGUGCUAUGUUACCGUGCAAGAAUCAGAAAAGGAGCUUUCAGAAAAAAUGAAAAAAGCGGAUCUUAACCUAGCAGAGCAUAAUUUGUACACUACAGAUACUCUGGAAAGCUACAGUAUAAGGACUGGAAGAAAGCAUGAGGAACCACCUGUGAAAUGUUCAAGGUCUCUGUCCCCAAAGAGCUCUUUCAGAGAGUCAGAGGAGUCUCAAAAAUCUUAUGAGCUAAGAGCAGCCUAUGGAAAACAUGAAGAGAGGCUGCAGAUGUUACAGACCAACUACAGAGCACUAAAAGAGCAGUUAAAGCAGUGGGAAGAGGGCGAUAGCAGGUAACUUGAAAAUAGUAAAUGCAGAUACCAGCGUACAGGUUCCUGUCAGCUUUGUCAAGAGGAUCCUGAUGUGAUGUAGAAUGAACUGUCUUUUUUCAAAAGGGAGCACAAAAAGCUGUUGAUUGAGAAAUGUGUGGAGAAAGUGAAGUAUGAAAUUACUCUAACCUCACUGUUCACAGCCAGGGUGCCAGUGGACGAGCAGGUUGCCACUAUAGCUCCCGUCUACAGAAUGGGCUCCAGAGGGAGCUGCAGACCAACUGAAUUGGAUCAGAUGAAAAUACACCCAUCUGUGAAGCCUCUUUUUAAACUUAGUGAAGAUGAUGGGGUCAAGGGUAAUAUUCCAAAGAGGUGUAUGAGAGAAGUUUCACAUGAGAUCUUACAGAAGGUACAACAACUAGAAAGAAGAUUCAAAGCUAUUGAAGGGGAGUUAAAGAAACAGAAAGAAGUAAACAAAGAUUUACUGAAUGAGAAAAUUUAUUUGAAAGAAUCUUUAAAAGUGUGAAAGUACGAUGCAGACACAAGAAGAAGAGAGCUGGAAGCACUACUAAAGAGGAUUUGUGAAGUAAAAAAAGAAAAAGCAGAACUUCAGUUAGUGGUUGAUGAGAAGGAAAAAGAAGCUGCCUCUUUGAGGAGGCAAGUGACAAAAGCUAACAGGUUGAGAAAUGAAAGUGAAGAUUUGCUGAGUCAAGUGCAGGAGCAGAAGUGUUUGCCAGAUAAAGCCAAAGCAGUGGCAAUCUCUGGGCAAUGUAAUUGCAAGAUAACAGGCACCAAGGUUAAAUUAAAAACAGCCAAGAAAAAGAGCUCUUUGGGACAUCAUGGAGCUUUUCUCAAACAGUCCAUCAAGGUUAUGAGUAAUGUAUUUGAGAACUUCAGUAAGGACGGCUGGGAGGAUGUGAGUGAAAGCAGUGACUCUGAAAUACCAACUUUUGAAAGUUUGGAAAUAGUGAUUAUAAAGACAGUGCAAAACAUUGAUCCACUGCCAGACAGAAGUACACAAGAAGAAAAAAAGCCCUGCAGUGUGGUUCAUUUAGAAGUCCAAAAUGAACAGCAUAAUAAAAAGGUAUUGAACAGAGCAAAAGGGAGAAGUAUCACUAUCCAGAAACUGGGCUACUCUGUUACUCUACUGCAGGAAAAAAUUAAGUCACUGCAGAAGCACAUAGCUGUUCUACAGAGUAAAAAAAAGACUGCAGUGGCUUCCAUUAAGAAUGUUAAAGAAACCAAUGAAAAAUUAACAAGUCAGCUACAUUUGGCUGAUCAGAGACUUCAGUCAGACACUCUUACUGUCCUUGUGUUGACCUCCAACCUGGCCAAGUGGCAACAGGAGGAGGAUGAUUUAGAAGGAAAAUUAAAGUUAUGAGAACAUCUGUCUCAAACUGCUGGCAAGAGUGAAGCCAUACCAGCUCCUUCAAAGAACAUUGAUUUAGAGGUGAAACAGCUGCAGUGCAAACUAGAGAAUUCGAAUACGGAGGCCGCUGAGCGAUCGACCACCAUUAAGCCACUGGAAAAACCAAGUCCAGGAGGAAGGAGCCGGGUCCCUCUCCUAUCCAUUGUGUCUGGUGCCACCCAGUGGCAGCUGCACAAUCGCCACGGCGGCAGCUGCUCGGGGCUCUCCGAGAGCGACGGCCGCUCUCCAUCGCGCAGUGAUGUGCAGUCCAGCUUCGUCCCCUGCAGAAUUUCUCAGUUGUAGAGGGACCUUACUAUGAAAAGGCACUUGAUAGAGGAUUUAAAGUCUUGCCUAAAAGCAAAUCAAGAAAAUGAGAAGACCUCAAAUGAAACAUUGGAAAAUCUUGAAAGAAAGGUGAAGGCACUGGCUGAGGACAAAAAAGCCUCCUCUGACUCAAUGAAACAAUAAUUUAAUGUAGCUAUGAAAGAGAAGUCUUAAUAUGAGCAGAUGUAUCACAAAGCUAAAGAUGAUUUGGAGAAAAAGGAUUUCAAGCUUACUAAACUAGAGAGCAGAUUGAUUGAGGCUGAAUGUCCUAUGACUAAACUUGAAACUGCUGCAUCUCAACAACUACAUGACUUGGCUAAACAGAGUACACAGGCUUUGGAAACUCUACAGAAGGAGUUGCUCACCAGUGACAAAGUAGAAGAGUUCGAGACAUUUGUGAAGACUCUAACUGGAGAGCUACAGCACAGCGUAUGAGAGCUGAACAAAAUCAGACUGGCAAAAAAAAAGGGAAAAAUGAAAGCAUGCAAAAAGAGUCUUUCCCAAGAGAGUCUUCAGCUGGCAGCAUCUAUCCUUAAUGUUUCAACAACUGAUCUUUAUGAAAUACUAAAAGAAGGAGAUGAUGAGGAAACAGCAAAGACAAAAAUGAAAUUUGAAAAAGAUAAAGAAUAGCUACACCAUAUCCAGAAACUUCUUGAAGCACAGUUUCCUUUUGCCUCAUACUUAAUGGAUGCUGUACUGGAAAAAUUAAAUGAGAAGAAGAAAUUGUUAGAAGAAUACAGUUCCCUCAUGAAGCAUACUGUAUGA